AUGACUGAACCAGGAUGGCGGUUGUUGUUCCUGGGCCUCCUGGCCAUGGCCCAUGGGCUUCGGAGAGGAAAUGAUCUGCUCAAUGUCUGCAUGGAUGCUAAACACCACAAGAUACAGCCUGGUCCAGAAGAUGACCUUCAUCGCCAGUGUAGCCCAUGGAAGAAAAAUGCCUGCUGUACAGCAAACACAAGCAUUGCAGCCCAUGAAGAUGCUUCCUACCUGUACCGCUUUAACUAUAACCACUGUGGAACGAUGGCCCUGGCUUGCAAACGCCACUUUAUCCAGGACACUUGUCUCUAUGAGUGCUCCCCCAACCUAGGACCCUGGAUCCGGCCGGUGUCCUCAAGUUGGCGUAGGGAACGGAUGCUAAAUGUUCCCCUCUGCAAGGAGGACUGUAACCAGUGGUGGGAAGACUGCCGAACCUCAUAUACCUGCAAAGAGAACUGGCAAAAGGGUUGGAAUUGGACUUCAGGGAUUAACAAGUGCCCAAUUGAGGCUGCCUGCCACCCUUUCUCAUUUUACUUCCCAACACCAGCCUCCUUAUGUGAGAACAUUUGGGGUCACUCUUAUAAUGCAAGCUCUUUUGGCAGGGGCAGUGGCAAAUGUAUCCAGAUGUGGUUUGACCCAGCUCGGGGAAACCCCAAUGAAGCCGUGGCUAAAUACUAUGCUUCUGCCUCUGCCCCAGGCAUCUUCAGUUGGGGGGCCAGUUUCCCCUUCUUGGCUUUGACACUACUGUUGCUUCUCUGGGGUUAAUCCUCAUCAGGCAUGAAAUCUAACCCAUUUACAUGCAAAACCAUAGCCAAGAUGUGCUCUGUGUCUGAGAUCACAGGACCCCAGCUUCCUGCCU